AUGAUUUCGGUGCACUUGCUAAUCGCGGCGGGUAUCCUUCUUUGGAUUCGUUUUCUGUGGAGUCGGCGAAAAUUAUAUUUGCUGUCGCUACAGUUGCCAGGAAGCUGGGGACUCCCCAUUAUCGGAAUCGCAGCGGAAUAUUUCAUCUUCUAUAGACGUAAAAUAAGUAUACGAAGAAAGUAUAUGAACAAGUACGGUUCCACUUUUUUGACCUGGAUGGGUACAAUGCCAGUUGUGUUGACAAGGGAUCCAAAAAUUGCCGAGGAUGUCCUUACAUCAUCUUCGUGCACUAACAGGAGUCCGCAUGCAACCAAUGCGAUAGCUGAUGCUGUGGGACCUGGACUAAUAACACUUCAAGGAACUCAGUGGGCUGAGCGUCGAAAGCAGCUGAAUCCCGCAUUUAAACACAAUGUAUUGCUCAGUUUCCUUCCAAUUUUCAAUGACGAAACAAGGUCGCUGGUGAGCUUAUUUGAGUCUUUUGUAGGUCAGGGAGAAGUAGAUGUCCUCCCGGAUCUAAUCAGAUGGUCUUUUAGAACGUCUACUCAAACCACUUUGGGAACCGAUGUUAAGGAGGACGAAAACUACAAAAAUGACACAAUACUGGAAAGCUUUCAGUCGGUCCUAAAUAUUACCACACUCAGUGUAUUGAUGCCUUUUUUGCAAAAUACAAUUUUUCUCAAGCUGUUUGGACUUGAAAAGAUGGUGAAAAGAGCCUUAUCCACAAUUGGGAGUGUAAUGGACAAAAUAAUUAACAAAAAGCUUAAAACAAAGUCAGUAAGUACGUACAAUUGGGAUCCUGAGGUGAACACUGUUAUACACAGGGCAAUCGAGCUUUAUGAGAAAGACGAAAUUUCCUAUAGUGGGCUGAUGUCCGAAUGUAGUAUUAUUGUUGUGACUGCCUUCGAGACAAGCGCUCAUACGGUAUAUCAUUCCCUCAUUCUGCUGGCCAUGUUUCCCGACAUCCAGGAGAAGGUCUUCAAUGAGAUUAAGGAACUACUCCCAACGACCGAAGACUUGGAACUAACCUACGAGGAUCUCCAACAGUUGGUUUACUUGGAUCGUGUGCUGAAUGAGUCGAUGCGGGUCAUAGCACCCGUUCCUCUCAUCACGAGGGAUACGAUAGAGGACUUGCAACUUUCGAAUGGAGUUCUCAUCCCUAAAGGAGUUACGAUUACCGUCGACAUAUUCAGUAUGCAUCGCAACCCGGAUGUCUGGGGCCCCGAAGCAAACAAGUUUAACCCAGAUAACUUCCUGCCAGACAAAAUUUCCAAAAUGCAUCCAUACGCCUUUAUGCCCUUUUCAAAAGGGAGGAGAAACUGCAUAGGCUGGCGAUACGGACUGAUGUCUAUUAAACUAGCAUUGGUCAAAAUACUAUGAACUACGAACUUAGCACAUCUUUUCGCUAUGAGGACCUGGACUUUGUUGACAACAUGGUCAUAAACUUAGUAAAGGCACCACGGCUCGCUUUUAAACGACGGACUUAUAA